AUGCAUUUCCUUUGUCUACACGGUGUGGGCACCAACAGCAAGAUCUUUGAACUUCAAACUGCCGCUCUUCGGUAUGCUCUUGGUCUUGAGCAUACCUACGACUUUGUUGAGGGCGGAGAGAACCAUCCGAUGGAGCCGCAUGUUGCGAAUCUCAUCUCUCCUGAUGAUACCUUCCAUGCGUACUUUGACCCCACAUCGGGCCACAGCCUUCUAAACGCUCUCGAUGAUCUCGAUGCGCUUGUCCGCGAGGCAGAUCCUCCCUACGAUGGCGUCGUUGGUUUCAGCCACGGCUCGACCCUGGCCGCAACGCUGCUUACUCGCCCUGAUCAGAGCGCCCAGCCCCCAUUCAAGGUGGCUGUCUUCUUAUCUCCUGGAAUGGCGGCUAAUCAUGCAUCUCUGAGUCAAGACAAGAUCGAAAUCCUUCAACCAAACACAGUGUACCAAAGGAUUUGCAUUCCCACAGCACUCGUAUAUGCAGAGAAGGAUGAGGUUGCCCCUGAGCAGGGUGUACUGCUUCAAGGGCUUUGUGACGAGAAGGUGAUGCAUGUGGCGAUUCAUCAGUUAGGGCAUCAAAUCCCUGGCAUCAAGGAGAAAAGGGACUUGGAGGAAGCUGUGACCGCCAUCACGCUAGCUAUUGAAGAUGUGUCGAGGAAGUCGGAACGCUGA